AUGGAUUCUGAGGCGAAUGCGGCGCGUUCAAAGAGUGCGUCGGAGACGUACCAGAAGCUGAGCCAGCUGGAGCAUGUGCUCAAGCGCCCUGACACGUACAUCGGUAGCAUCGAGAGGCGCACCGAGACGAUGUGGGUCUUUGACGCACAGAAGCAGCAGAUGGUGUACCGCGACACGGCCUACGUUCCGGGCUUUUACAAGAUUUUUGACGAAAUUCUCGUCAACGCCGCCGACAACAAGGUGCGCGACCCCAACAUGGACACGCUCAAGGUGAAUAUCGACACGGCCGCGGGCACCGUGUCCGUGUGGAACAACGGUCAGGGUAUCCCGAUCGAGAUGCACGAAAAGGAGCAGGUGUACAUUCCCGAGCUCAUCUUUGGCAACCUCCUCACUUCCUCGAACUACGACGACGACGAGGCAAAGGUGACAGGUGGCCGGAAUGGUUUCGGUGCCAAGCUCACGAAUAUCUACUCGACCGAGUUUACCGUCGAGACGGCCGACCGCGAGCGCGAGCAAAAGUACAAGCAGGUCUUUUCCGAGCACAUGCACAAAAAGAGCGCCCCGAAAAUCACCAAGAACUCGCGCAAGGAGGAGUUUACGUGUAUCACGUUCAAGCCGGACCUCGCGCUGUUCCACAUGGACUCGAUCGAUGCGGAUACGGAGGCGCUCCUGAUGAAGCGCGUCUACGACAUGGCCGGCACCGUCAAGGGCGUCAAGGUGUUCUUGAACGGCGAGCGCAUCAAGGUCAAAAACUUUAAGCAGUACGUCGAGAUGUACGUCAACUCGAUCCAAGAAAUGAGCGGCGUGCCGAAGGAGGAGGAGGGCGCCGCGGGGCCGAAACCGACCAUUGUCUUUGACACUAGCGAAAACAACGGACGCGUGUGGGAGGUGGGCUUUGCCGUCUCGGAUGGCAGCGCUCGCCAGGUCUCGUUUGUAAACAACAUCGCGACGAUCAAGGGCGGCAAGCACGUCGAGCACGUCGAGGCGCAGAUCGUCAACAAGAUCCUCGAGCACGUCUCCAAGGGCAAAAAGAGCGCGGCAGUCAAGGCGAACCAGGUGCGCCAGCAGCUCUGGAUCUUUGUCAACUGCCAGAUUGUCAACCCCUCGUUCGACAGCCAGACCAAGGAGACUCUCACGCUCAAGCCGUCCGCAUUCGGCUCCAAGUGGGUGAUGCCGGACGAGUUUGCGCGCAAGGUGCUCCGCUCGGGCGUCAUUGACAAUGUGCAGUCCAUCGCACAGUUCCAGCAGGACCGCCAGCUCCAAAACUCGGACGGCCGCAAGCGCUCGCGCGUCUCGGUGACCAAGCUCGAGGACGCCAACUGGGCGGGCGGCAAGCGCAGCGCCGAGUGCACGCUCAUCCUCACGGAAGGUGACUCGGCCAAGGCGCUCGCAGUCUCGGGCCUGAGCGAGGUCGGCCGCGAUGCGUACGGUGUGUUCCCGCUGCGUGGUAAGCUGCUGAAUGUGCGCGAGGCGACGCACGACGCGAUUAGGAAGAACGCCGAGAUCAAGAACAUCAAAGAGAUCCUUGGUCUCCAGCACGGCAAGCAGUACGACUCGGUCAACGGAUUGCGGUACGGCUCGCUGAUGAUCAUGACCGACCAGGACUUUGACGGCUCGCACAUCAAGGGCCUGAUUAUCAACUUUCUCGACCACUUUUACCCCUCGCUCCUGCGUAUCCCCAACUUCCUGGUCGAGUUCAUCACACCGAUUGUCAAAGCGAGCAAGGGAAGUGAAGUCAAGUCGUUCUUUACCAUGCCCGAGUACGAGCGCUGGAAGGAGAGCGCCGACGGCGGCCGCGGCUGGACGAUCAAGUACUUCAAGGGUCUCGGUACGUCCAAGGCCGAGGACAUGAAGAAGUACUUCCGCAACAUGGACACGCACAUGCUCUCUUUCGAGACGAUGCGCCCCGGGGACCGCGAACUUGUGGACCUCGCCUUUAACAAGAAAAAGGCCGACGACCGUAAAGAGUGGCUGCGCCAGUUUGUCCCGGGCACAUUCCUCGACCACCGCAUCCGCCAGAUUCCCAUCUCGGACUUUAUCAACAAGGAACUGAUCCUCUUCUCGAUGGCGGACAACAUCCGCUCGAUCCCGUCGGUGGUCGACGGACUAAAGCCCGGCCAGCGCAAAGUGCUCUUUGGCUGCUUCAAGCGCAAGCUCAAGACCGAGAUCAAGGUGCAGCAGCUCCAGGGUUACGUCUCGGAGCACACUGCCUACCACCACGGCGAGGCAAGUCUCUCGGCGACGAUCGUCGGCCUCGCGCAAGACUUUUGCGGAAGCAACAACGUGAACCUCUUGUCGCCUAACGGUCAGUUUGGUACGCGCUCGAUGGGCGGCAAGGACGCCGCCAGCGCCCGUUAUAUCUUUACGGCUGUGCCGGGAAUUACGCGCGCUCUGUUCAGUCCAAAGGACGAUGCACUGCUCAACUACCUCGACGACGAUGGCCAGAGUAUCGAGCCCGAGUGGUACGUCCCCGUCGUGCCGCAGGUCCUCCUUAACGGUGGCGAGGGUAUUGGCACUGGCUGGAGCACGUUUGUGCCGAACUAUAACCCCGCCGACGUUGUCGCGAACCUGCGCCGCCGCAUGUCGGGCGAGGAGUACGCGCCGAUGGCUCCGUGGUACCGUGGCUAUACCGGUACGAUCGAGCAGACUGCGCCGGAGCGCUACCGCGUCGCAGGCCGCGCGACGCAGCUCGAUGAGAGCAACUGGGAGAUCACCGAGCUCCCUGUGCGUACUUGGACGUCGACCUACAAAGAGUGGCUCGAGGAGCGCACGUCGGGCUCGGAAAAGACGCCCGCGACGGUGCGUGAGUACAAGGAGUACCACACGGACACGACCGUGCACUUUAUCGUCGAGCUGAAUGCCAAGGGUAUUGAAGAGAUCAGCAAGAUCGGCCCCGACGCCUUCUUCCGCCUCUCGAGCGUGAUUUCGACCGGAAACAUGGUCCUCUUCUCGCCCGAAGGCAAGAUCAAGAAGUACGCGUCGCCCCUCGAGAUUCUCGACGACUUUUACUUCCUGCGCCUCGGUUUCUACCAGCGCCGCAAGGAGCACCUGGUCGACGACCUGAAGCUCGUGUACGACCGCCUGUCGAACCAGGCACGCUUCGUGAGCAUGAUUAUCUCGCGCGAGCUCAGCGUGUCGAACCGCAAGAAGGCUGAGAUUGUCGAGGAGCUGCGCCGCCUCGACUUCCAGGCCUUCCCGAGAAAGGUCGCCAAGGCCAAGAGCAUCGUCGACAAGGCCGAGGAGCCGCAAGAGGACGAGGAUCCGGCCGAGACGGGCGGCGUGACCGACUACGACUACCUCUUGAGCAUGGCGAUCUACUCGCUGACGCGCGAGCGUGUCGAGAAGCUGCUCAAAGAGCGCGACGAGACUGAGCACCAGCUCAAGAUCCUCCUGGGCCGCUCGCCCCAGAACCUCUGGGACGAGGACCUGACGCAGUUCCUCGAGGAGUGGGAUGCGGUCCUCGCUGAGGACGCCCGCCUCGCGGCCGCCACGAGCUCGUCGCAGGUCAAGGUGUCGACAACCAAGCGCCGCGCGCCGGCCAAGAAGGCGGUCAAGAAGGAGGACCGCGAGUCGUCGAUGAGCAUCUCGCCGGAGAAGCCCGCCGCGAAGCCCAAGGCGACUGGCGCGGCGGCCGCGCCGGCGCCCAAGCAGCCGGCUUUUACCAAGGCCGAGACGCCUGCGCCGGACUCGACGCCUGCCGUGGUACCGGAGAAGCACGCCGCGGACGACGACGAGCUGAAUCUGUCUCCUGCCAAAGCCGCCAAGCCUGCGCCGAAACCCCGUGCAAAGGCCGCGCCGAAGGCUGCACCCAAGCCCAAGGCUGCGCCCAAAGCGCGGCGCAAGACGGACGAGUCCGAGGAAGAGUUUGACGACGACGACGACGAAGAUAUCCCAGCCCCCACGACGCGCCGCGCCGGCUCGUCGCGGACGGCGGCGCGUGCGCCGCGCAAGUACGACGUCGAGCCUGACGACUCGAUCCUUCGGGACUCGGACGAGGACGAGGGCGCUGUCGACGAAGGCAGCGACGAUGAUUACUAUCGUUGA